AUUCCUCGCACCAUAAUUUGUUUCUUGAUCAACAGUAAAGAACGAGAGGAAGAAAACUACUGGUUAGUGCCGGCAAGCCAGGCAGUCCUUUUAUAUAUAUAUAUAUGCCCUUUCGGUUUCUUUCUCUUCAAUCCCUCACCAAUCAAUUCCUCCUCCAAAGAUUACGCUUUUAUUGCUCCCUUUGUCCUCCCUCCUUCAUAACAUACACUCCAUUUAUCAUUUUCCCAUCUCCAUCUCCAUCUUCCUGUCUCUGUCUCCGCCUCCAUUAUUGUGUGUAUAAAUUUUGUCGUGAGCAUUUUCAAUGGCCACGAAUAUUGGAAUGAUGGACAGCGGGUACUUUGUUGGGAGGAAUGAGAUACUGAAUUGGAUUAAUAACAGGCUUCAGCUCGAUCUCUCUCGCAUUGAAGAGGCCGCAUCUGGUGCUGUGCAAUGUCAGAUGCUUGAUGCAACCUAUCCUGGAGUUGUUCCAAUGCACAAGGUGAAUUUUGACGCGAAGACAGAAUAUGAUAUGAUCCAAAAUUAUAAGGUUCUGCAGGAAGUAUUCAACAAGUUGAAAAUUGAUAAGCAUAUUGAAGUCAACAGGCUAGUUAAAGGAAGACCUUUGGACAACUUGGAGUUCUUACAAUGGCUGAAACGAUAUUGUGAUUCUGUAAAUGGUGGCAUUAUGAACGAGAAUUAUAACCCUGUUGAGCGAAGGGGUAAGGGUGUGAAGGAGAGGAAUCCUAAGGGUUCUCAGAAGCAUCCAAAAUCACUGCAAACAAGCAAUAUGGACAAUCCUGGUUCUGAUGACACAAUUGAUCUCGAUAAGGCCUUGGGCUUCAGGCAAGGAAAGAAACAUGCAGCAGCAGGUCGAGCAAAUUCUUCCAGGGAGGUUCAGGCUUUGUCUGAGGAGAUUGCUGGUCUUAAGCUCUCAGUUGAUCUUUUGGAAAAAGAAAGAGACUUUUACUUUGCAAAAUUAAGGGAUAUAGAGGUUCUCUGUCAGAGUCCUGAACUAGAGAAUCUCCCAAUGUCUGUCGCAAUUAAAAUGAUAUUGUAUGCUGCUGAUGCAAAGGAAUCUGCACUUGCCCAAGCUGAGGAUUACCUCACACAGUUUACAAAUGCUGAAACUAAAGCAGAAAAUGAUGCCUAAGUUUGUCGACUGACAAAGGAGGCCCUUGCUUGUAAAAAAUUGUGCGACAUAAUCAACGACAUCUCUCCGUGCUUAUCAUUUUGGUACUUCUUAAGAAGAUAUAAAUGGAGAUUACAUCGUCUUGCGUUGACUGGAAUUCUAGAGGUUUUGGUCUUGGUUUUCCACAGUUGUUUUUGGGUUUUCUUUUGAGACACUGGUUUUGUCUAGUUCUAUAUUUAUGCUUUUCUUUUAUUAUGCAAAGUUGUCAAAUUUAUGUUCUUAUAAAUUUGCCUGUAACUCAUGUUGGAAAUGAAUGUGACCUCUCUGCAAGAAUCA